CGCCCUGUAUUUGAGCAGGGAAUCGAGCGGCUCCGGGACAUACAAAAUGUGAGUCGCAUUUUGCCCUUCGUCUCGACAUCCCCUCCCGCCGCACAUCAUGUCGGACCGGCGCACCCAUCAAUAUGCCGCUCCCGCUAACGCGGCUUAUAACGCCUCUCACCUGGCUGGCGGCCAAUAUCAACUCGCACCCCACAGCGUUGUAGGAGCCUCAUACGACCAGUCCGCCGCGCAGGCCCACCCCGUGGCCAGCCACUCCAACUACUUGCCCGAUCCGCAGUUGAACUACACGUACUCCACGAGACCCGAGAGGCCAAUAUCCAUGCAUCAACCGACCUCGUAUCACGGGGAGAGUGGACACGGGAUGCCGGCGCACUCACCUAGUCGUCCCCGCUCGGCACAUCCUUACGGAAUCUCAUCGUCGCCUCCGCAUUCGCCAUCUGUUCCGACGCAUGCGCCGGGGAUGUACCCGAGCCAGACCGCCUACGCACAGCAGGUCAACAUGUCCCAGUACCCCGCGUCACCGCAGAGACCAUUUCCUGCGAUAUGUCACGACCUGAAGAGGCACCGGGAUACGCACACCGGCGAAAAGCCCUUUGUCUGUAACGGCGGAUGUGGGAAGACAUUCACGCGGAAGGACGCGUUAAAGCGUCACCAGCUUGUCAAAAGGUGUGGCAUCGACGAAGACGCCGUCUGAGCAUGAGACCAUUGUAACCUGUUAUCAUAUCUAUUUACAUCAUCUGCCACUCACUGCGUCGAUACAUUACGAGAGCCGGCUCAUCUCAACUGUACUAACCUCGGUCUGGAUUCAACCCAUGAAAGCAACUUCUAAUCCGUACAUACGACCACUAGCGUAGCACUCGGUCGCCCACCGCACGUCUGCAAUUACACGGUAUCUUAGAAUCUGGGCGGAUUGCUGUCUUGUAUAUACUGUAUCACUUACCUGUACCUCCUGUAUCUAGCAUCUCCGCAAUUUCACACAGUUACGCUCGGGGCCUCGA